UGGAAAACAAAUGAGACGGCUCGUAGCAACAGUUUUCGCCGGAUGUUUGAUAGUGAGUUUCGGGAGGUAUACGUUGGUGUUGGUACGUAAGGUAGUGUGUGGAAAUCAAGUAUCGCAUACAAAAAUGAGUGCACAACUAAAGGAUAUGGUUUCCGUGGAUUUCGAAGUUUUUGGGAGAGUUCAAGGCGUGUUCUUCCGGAAAUACACAGUUGAUGAAGCCAAGAAAGUGGGUGUAAAAGGUUGGAUUAUGAACACCCCAAAAGGUACAGUUCUUGGAAGAAUAGAAGGAGAAGUUAAAAAAGUGGAACACAUGAAGAAGUGGCUACAGGAAACAGGCAGUCCUAUGGCCAAGGUAGAAAAAGUAGAAUUCAAAAAUGAAGUCAAAAUUACUUCAUGUUCAAAUAAUGACUUCAAGCUAAAGAAUUAAAUUUAUGUAUUAUUUAUUUGUGAAUAUUACACUUGUUUCUAAACUAUUUAUUUAUUUAUUUGUUUAUUUAUUUAUCUAUUUAUCUAUCUUUCAUACCAAAGAAUUUGUUGCUGCUUUUAUUUUGUAACAAAAAUUUUAAAUAAUCACAGAUAACUACAUUUUUUGAGGUAUAUAAUACCACUGUUUUCAGAGGUCUAAACAUUGUUGAUUUGAUAUUUUGAUGGAUACAGGCAGUUGACUUGUGAUGAUUUGCAGACAUUGCAUUUUAACAAAACACACUGCAAGUAUAACAAGUGAUGUAUUUUAACAACAGAAAUUUGCUGCCUAGCUGUGUAAAUGGUGCUCCUGGAUUGUUCUCAUUCAUAUUAUUAAUUCUGAGUAUCUAGAAUUUUUGUAUGUCACUGACCAACAACAAAUAUGGUUUGCAAAAUAAAAAUUGUAAAACAUCUUACUGUAA